AUGGGCAACGUCGAGAAAGGCAAUAAGGGUAACGGAAAGACUGGAGGUUCACCGCAAGGACAACAAGGAAGUCCAGUCACUCCGACAAAGCCGUGCAGAAACUGGGGAACAGAUGCAGGUUGCAAGUUGGGAAGGACGUGCAAAUUUGUGCACGACUGGGACAAGCUUCCAGACAAGUACUCGAGAUGCUAUGUGUGCAGCAGUACCAAGCACAUGGCUAGACAAUGUGAAGCAGCCCAAGGAGGAAAAGGAGACUCACCCACUACGCCUACGACAGGGAAGUUUGCUGGCAAGGGCAAGUCAAAGAGUAAAGGAAAGAGCAAGUCUCCGGAGAAUACCACUCCUGAAGGCCAAGAAAAGGCAGCAGUGAAAACUCAACAGUUGGUUGAAUCUUCAACCUCUCCAGAUGGAACCACUUCGACGCCUACGACAUCCACAGCAGCGCAAGCUUCAACAUCGAGCUCGUAUACGACCUCGACGGGAGGAGUCAUGGAGGAUGUCACAACGCUGUUGAAAAGUUUGAAAGUGACACAGGGUGGAGGACAAGAACCAGGACUUCGAGUCUGCCAAGUUCGAAAACUCCAGCCACAUGAGGAGAUGACAACCCUGUUGGACGGAGGUGCAACACACUGUCUUCGUCAAACUCGAGGUGGACAUGAAUGGCAACGAGCACAACCAGUAACAGUGAAGUUGGCAACAGGAGCAGUUCAGUUGAGACAAUGCAAAGAGACAGGAACGUUGCUGACAAUGGAGCCAGUGCAAGCCAUCGUACCAGUGAGCAAGAUGUUGCAAACAGGUUACAACAUGAUGUGGACCAAGGACGAGUGCGUGGUGGAAAAUGCAGAACACCAACGACUACCAGUCACUAUGGUUCAGGGAUGUCCGACGGAAUUGGAACCCGAGACGGAAUAUGAGAAGAACGUUGCAGAAACACAGAAGAUGUUUCCAGAAGUUCCAAGCUACUUGAUUGAGAACGUGGCCUGUCAUGGACAAUGGAAUGCAGAUCGGUCGCCAUGGAACAGAAGUAAACGAAGAGCAAUCGAAAAGGCGAAGUUCGUUGUACUUCACCUGUACUCAGGCGACGAUGACAAGAUUUGGAAGCAACUGGAACGACAAAGCAACGGAGUAGAGGUGAUCCAGGUGGAGCUCAAGAAGGGUGCAGACAUGCGGAACAACGACCUUAUGGCCUACCUGGAGGAGCUUGCAAGAGCAGGUCGCAUCGACCAAGUGCUAGCAGGACCACCAUGCAGGACGCUAUGGACAGCUGAGGUUUGGAUUGCCAGGCCUUACCCAUGCAGAGCAGAACACGGUCGACAACGACACAGUUUUGUGGCUUCGGAUGCUGGUUUUCCAACCUUUUUGCAAUGGCCAGAGACACUACAGAUGGUUGAAGACAACAACCUCACGACGGUCAAGGUGGAUCAGGGAAGCUUGGGGCAUCCUACAACUAAGCCGACAACUUUGCUCACCGACCUCGACGAGAUAAAGGGGGUCGAUGGAUGGAAGAUGCAAGGCCAACCUGAGAAGUGGCCGCAAGAACUUGAAAAAAGAAUCCAGUUCUCCAAAGAACUUGCUACCUGGGCAACGGGACUCAAGGGACUUCUUAAAAUGGCGAUUCAGAGGUUGUCGCAGCAGGAGACCAUGGUGAAGGCCCUGACCCUGAAGGAGCAGAAGGAGAUCAUGGAAUGGAAGGAACAUUUCUGUGCCGAUCAUCUACCCUUUCGCAAGGACUGUGAAGUAUGCCUUCGUGCUGCAGGAGCAGAUCGGUACAGGAAACAGCUUCAAUGCCCAACAUCUUUCUGUCUGUCACUGGACAUCAUGGGACCAUUCGUCCAAGGGAAAGACCAGGAGUUGAAGGGACCAAGAUAUGGUCUUGUGGCGACGUACACGGUUCCAAUCGACAAACAUGGAGCCCCUCUACCACAAGGACUGGCGGGACUUCACUUGCCACACCAACAAGGACGUGAUGUGGAUGACGACUUCAUGCAUGAGGAUCCGGAAGUGUUGCCACAAGAUGCAGUGCUUGAACAACUUCCUGAAGUAGAUGAAGAGCCCCAACAGGAGCUGACGGAGGCUGAGAUCAAACAACAAGAAGUACGUGAACGUCGACGGAGGGACUUUUUGCAGGACAGAAAGUCUCAGGCUGUUAAGAACCUGACGUUCGCGGUGCCUCUCAAGUCACGCCACCACGAUGACUUGCUCCAAGCGGUGGCGCAGAUCUACGUGAAGACCAAGGCAAUGGCACUCCCAGUUCAACGAGUCCAUACAGACAGAGCUAAGGAGUUUGUGGGCAAGGGAUUUCAAAAGUGGAUCAGAGACCAUGACUUGUUCCACACAAUGAGUUCAGGAAGUGAACAAAACGCCAGAGUGGAAAGGGAGGUCAGAGAGCUGAAACAGAGGAUGAGAACGGUGCUGACAGCCUCAAGGGCACCAACGCAUUUUUGGCCUCUUGCACUCAGACAUGUUGGCGAACAAAGACUACGGCGACAGCUACAAGCUUUGGGUGUCACAACACCAGAACUUUUGCCGUUUGGGAUGAACGCAAUGGUCAAACAGAAGUUGUGGCAAAAGCGAGAUGACACGCUAAAGUACCCCAUGCAGAAGGUUAGAUUGUGGGGACCUGCAGCUGAUAUGGCAACUACGUCUCUUGGCUACUAUGUUCAAAGCGAUGAGACAGGCAAGUUCUUCCGAUCGACAGUGGUCAAGGUCUUUGCCGAUCAACCAACCCUACAAGCGGAACGUGGUGAUGCACCACGGGGGGAGGAAGAAGGACUUGGAGACCAACAUGACCCUGGAGAUGAAGAAAAUUGCAGACUGGAUGAUGAUCAGCAAGGUCCACAACAACCUGGCGAAGCACACCAAGCUCAAGCAGCUGACGACCUUCAAGCUCGAGAUCAUGAAGUUCAAGGUAUCUUUGACGAUGAGAUAGAAGAAGCCCCACAACAAGAACGUCGGAGGAUCGACAUGACCAAAGCCAAGAAGGGAUUGUCAUUCUAUCCGCACUUGGAGAUCAAUGCAGUGUUGGAGGAAUUGAGGAUCUUCAAGAUCGAUGCAACCGGUGGAGAUCAAGUUCGACUUCUUGGGGAUGAAGAACAUCGUCGAGCACAAUGUGAAGAAGCAAUUGAGCGUAUGAUGGUCAACCAGCACAAGGAGCUCACAAGAUGGGUGCGUGAUGUCAUCGUUGGGAUUGAGGAUGAAACAGUAUGUCCACAAGAAGUGGAGUUAGCGCUGAACCUCAAGGAAGAACUGAGCGCCAGGGAAGAGAACCUGGUUCAGUUGGCAACUAUGAGGAAGUUGGAGGUGGAAGCUGAACAACAAGUUCUGCAGACACGACUGGUGGCAAUGGAUGAAGUUCGUCGGAAUCUGGAAGAAUGGAAACCUGUCUUUGCAGAGGAGGUCAACAACCUCAAGAUGAAGGCAGUGGAAGCCAUCAAUGAGAACCAGUUCCAACAACUUCUUCAAGGAGAAAAAGAAGUGGAAUGUCUGCCGAUGAAGGCAAUAGCCACACUAAAACCUCCUGCAAGAAAGAAGGGAAGAGUCGUGGCAUGCGGAAAUUAUGCCAUGGCCCGGGAAAACGAGGAGUUGGCCAACGCUGCAAGUGGAUGCGAGUUCACCCUCAAGGAGACGAAGGAAAGGCAUGUUUGGGCAGUGCGACGAGUUGGAGCACCAGAAACUGAGGAUAACCACGGGUUUGUGCUGGUCUACGUCGACGACAUGCUGCUCUUUGGGGACACCGAGCAGGUCAAAGCAACAGCAGCUGCAGUAAGGUCACUGUGGGAAUGCUCACCCCUGGAACUCUUGGACGAGACGAAGGAGUUGCAUUUUUGUGGCAUGGAACUGAGAAGGUACAAAAGCGGUGUGUUCCUGAGUCAAACGGGCUACUUGGUAGAGAUGCUGAAACGCUACGAGGUGCAAGGUGUGGAACCUUACCCAUUGCCAAAGGUUGAGGAUGGGGAGGACGAGGAACCAUAUCUCAAGGCGUUACGGCGUGCCCAGACUCUGGUGGGCGAACUACUGUGGGCAAGUACAAGGUCAAUUCAAGGAGUUGCAGGACAAUGGACGGGAAAGACGUUGCUAUGGGAUAGCUGCAGACAGGCUUUUGUAACACAGAGCACAGCUGAGAGUGAGUUGGUGGGCCACUCAUCUGCACAUCAAGCUGGUGAGGCGUUGAGUGCAUUGAUCGAGACGGUCAACAACAACCAAUCCCUCCAGAAGUUGCUCUAUGGUGACAACAAGGCAGCUCUUUCAGCAACGGGGUCAGAAACUGGACCAUGGAGGACACGACACCUACGCAUCAGAGCCCAUGCGUUGAGAGAAGCAGUCAGGAGACUAGAAUUGGGCUGGCAGGCACGACACAUGCCAGAGGCAAAACUCUUGGCUGAUGGACUCACAAAGGUUCUGAUGGGUGCAGCUUUCAAUGCGUUUAGACUGCGAGCAGGAGUCAUCAAGAGGGAGACGUGUGACAACCUUCGGGACAAGGACAACGUGACAAAGAACAACAAGGUCACUGACGAGAUCCACGCUUCACAGAAUGACAAGGCCACUGAGGACAAGUUUGAGGUGACAGUGAAUAACGUGGCCAACCACCCUGCCAACUUCGAGGCUUUUGACUUUGACGAAACGGUCCAGAUGGCCAAGACCUACCUCGAUGGAGUUGAAGCUCUACCACGAGAACCUACUGAUGGAGAAGUUGAUGGGGCUUUGAGGAGGAUUGCGGAGAACUGGUUGUUCACUCGACCUCCACGAGUACAAGAUGGAUGGAACUUCAUGGACGUGGUCAGACUAUGUGGAAAAAGGUACCGGGUGGUGAUGAGAAACCACCGCACGACAAGACGAAGAAGCUUUCACCCAGUUCACCGAGGAGCUCCAGGCAACUUGUUGGGGAGACGUCUGACGGUGAUACAUGGUGGUGGAGGACGAAGUGAAGUAGCAGACAACUGGUCCGAAACCUGGGAAACUUCAGGAUGGACGGGCUACACGCUGUUCCUUCAGCGAAUAGUUGAAGAACCACAACGACCUGGAAACCAGAGUCAAAACGGAGCACAGCAGGUUGCAGAGACACAGCUGGAUGAGAUAGAGGAAGAUGACAGUUUUGAGUUGGUGGAAGAUGUUGAAGGUUCAGGAGGUGGGUCAAUGCAACAUGAACGACAUGAACCUGAACCACAUGCUGGUGACCGCAGCUCUGGCCCGAGACUUCGAGCCCUAUCGCUUCUGACGACCGGUGCGGGUGCCAUGGGACCGUCGUUGACAACGGCAUCGAAACGAUUGGCCACGGAGGAGGAAGUGACGGGACUGAAGAAGAAGGUUUUGCAGUGGGAUCCACAGCAUGGAGCUGCAGAUGGUGAUGAACGAGAAGGACAAGAACCAGAAGGUGAAGGGUCACCACAGCAAUGGACGCUGACCCCAAUACCAGAAGAAGAAGGGUCAUCACUGCCGUGGAGACUGACCCCAGUACCGGAACGUUCAAGGAGCCCUUCAACAACAAGACCACCACCAAAGGCAAGACCUACAACCAGAACAGGACAGUCGAGUAGUGCGAGGUCAUCGACAGCGCAACCGAGCAGUGCGAGGUCAUCGACAGCGGUAGAAGAUGAUGAGACCUCUGCUGUAGUGCCGGUGACAGAGAAAGGUCCGAACAAGGGACUGUCAAAGGGGAAGGGACGAUGGUUCACCAUACAGGAGGAGAGACAUGGCCCGAUGCAUCGCCGCUGGAUACCCUAUGAGGAUGAGUACACGGACAGCGAUGCGGAGGCGAUGCAACCGACUGGUGAACAACAGGAACAACAUGAACAACCUGAAGAACCUGAGUCAGAACCACCGUGGAAGGCUCCAAGGAUGGAUGGCGCUCCAUUGUCUACGACCCGGACCUACGCGUUGGAUCCUGAGGACCCCAACAUCGAGCAGAUCAUCGAGUCGUUGCCGGUGACAAGGGUGCUGCCACCUCCAGAACCGAGAACACGAAUGGAGGCAGCUCAGAUGGUCGUCACGAUACCCAGGCCAGAAGGGUAUCAGACUGACAGCGAUGGAGAGGCGCCAGAACGCCUUGCACGAGCAGUACGAGAUGACCCACAACAUGGAGCGGAGGAAAAGGCUACUAUGGUGUUCCAUUACAAGGAGGACCAGGAUGGCGAGUACAACCACUUCCCAUUGGGAAUGCAGCUCAUGGGAUGGUGGGAAACUUACAGCGACUACGGAGGAGGCACAGCGGGAGAGGCCGAGCUCUUCAAGACCUAUGCAGGAGCAACCGGAAUCCUCGUCCACAACAGAGGCAACGUCGACAGAGACAGUGCCACCAAGACCAGAGCCUACUCCGUCCGCAGGCACACCAAGUUCAACAGGACCGACGACAGGUGGAUCAAGAGGAGCCAACAACCCAAGUGCUGUAGCACCUGCAACGGGGAUGAGCAGGUCACCAGGCCGAAGCAUGCCGGGGACAAGCUCAUCAACAGAGGGGACUAUGGCGAAACAGAGCCUUACAGCGGAAACUACAUCAAGGCCAAGCCCUACAGCGGGAACUAUGCCAAAGCAGAGCACGUCUGCGGGUUCAAGGUCUACAACAACGGGGACCACAACAAGGACGACAGUGAUGCGGCCGCUGGUGAGGAGCCUGCGUUGGCCGUGGCAACGCAACAGUUCCUUGAAGCUCUGGCGGCGGUGGAUCGCCAGACAGAUGCACGCCUAGAAGAACCAGGAGUUGAAUCGGCGGCACGAUACAACCCGCCGGAAAGAAGUGAUGAGGGUUCGGGCCCCCAUUCCUCGGACAAUGACGAGGAGGCUCCCAGAUUCAACGCCUUCGGGGGCGAUCGCGAUGGCUGGUAG